GGCGCCUUCCGGGGCCCGAAGGAGGGCGGGAAGGCCUGGCCGCCGUGCACAACCCGCGGAGGCGCACAGCUUUGCAGACUUAGGCCUGGUUCUUUCUUCUGGAGGUGCAUGCCUGGGACCCAGCAAUGGCCAUCAGGACCCUGACGGGCAAAGGCCAGGAAUCGGUGACCUUCAAAGACGUGGCUGUGGACUUCACCCUGGAGGAGUGGGGCCAGCUGGGGCCUGGCCAGAGGGAGCUGUAUCGGGAUGUGAUGCUGGAGAACUACCAGAACCUUCUCUCGCUGGGGGCAGGGCUUCCUGGGUCCAAACCCGAUGUGAUCUCCCGUCUGGAGCGAGGGGAAGAGCCCAGGAUGGAGAGGAGAGAAGCCUGGCGAGUUACCUGUUCAGACUUGGAGACAAACUCUGAAACUACUCAGGAGACACUUCCAAAAAAGAGUAUUUCCAAAGACGUGGCUUCCCCAAUGGGAAAGAUGGAGGGCAUUUUAAGGGCAGUGCUUGGAGACACCAAGUUGGGGGACUCCUGGACAUGCGGCCGUCAACUGGAAGACCAGGGAAAGCAGGAGAGGCAUUUGAGAUGGUUGUUUACUACUCCCGAGGAAAACACCCAUGGCGAGUUGAGACACUUCAGGCAGACCUCAGCUUUCCUUGGGAAGCAAAGAGUGCCUGGGGGAGAGGAUCCUCAGAAGUGGACCAGGUCAAGAAAGAGCCUGAAACACCAAAGGAAACCAUUUAACUGCACGGAAUGUGGGAAAGCCUUCAUCUACCAUUCGGAUUAUGUCCUACACCAGAGAAUUCACACUGGAGAGAAGCCCUACAAGUGUAACGAGUGCGGGAAAGCAUUCAGCAACAGCUCAUAUUUCAUCCAGCACCACAUCAUCCACACAGGAGAGAAGCCCUACGCCUGCAACGAAUGUGGCAAGACCUUUACCCAGAGCUCAUCGCUCACUGAGCAUCAGAGGAUCCACACUGGAGAGAAACCCUACAAAUGCAAGGAAUGUGGGAAAGCCUUCACCCAGAGCUCCUCCCUCAUCAAACACCAGCGAUGCCAUACUGGGGAGAAACCCUAUAAAUGCAACCAGUGUGGGAAGUUCUACUCCCAGGUGUCCCACCUCACCCGCCACCAGAAAAUACACACAGGGCAGAAGCCCUACAAAUGCAGUGAGUGUGGCAAGGCUUUCUGUCACACCUCCUCCCUGACUCAGCACCAGACAAUCCACACUGGUGAGAAACCCUACAAGUGUAACGAGUGUGGGAAAACCUUCAGCCACAGCUCGUCACUGACCCAGCACCAGCGAGUCCACACUGGAGAGAAACCUUACGAGUGCCCCGAGUGUGGCAAAGCCUUCAGCCACAGUUCAUCCCUGACUCAGCAUCAGAGAAUUCAUACUGGUGAGAAGCCCUAUGAGUGUCAUGAGUGCGGGAAGGCUUACACGCAGAUCUCCCACCUCAUGAGGCACCAGAGCGUUCACGUGGGGGAGAAACCCUAUAUAUGUAAUGAGUGUGGAAAGGCUUUCAGUCACACCUCCUCCUUUACUCAACACCAGACGAUCCACACUGGUGAGAAACCCUACAAGUGUAACGAAUGCGGGAAAACCUUCAGCCAGAACUCCUCACUUAUGCGCCACCAGAGAAUUCACACCGGGGAGAAGCCCUAUGAGUGUACAAUUUGCGGGAGAGCCUACACCCAGAUUUCCCACCUCAUCCAACACCAGAGGACUCACACCGGAGAGAAACCUUAUGAGUGCAGUGAGUGUGGGAAAGCCUUCAGCCGGAGCGCCCAUCUCAUCGAGCAUCAGAAGAUCCACACGGGCGAGAAACCCUAUAAGUGUAAGGAGUGUGGGAAAACAUUCAGUCACAACUCAUCCCUAACUCAACAUCAGAGGAUUCACACCGGCGAGAAACCCUACACCUGUAAGGAAUGCGGGAAAGCCUUCAAUCAAAGUAUCCACCUCAUUCAGCAUCAGAGGAUUCAUACCGGGGAGAGGCCCUACAAAUGUAAGAACUGUGGGAAAACCUAUGCCCAGAUUUCACACCUCGUUCAACACCAGAAAGUUCAUAUGGGUGGUAAGCGCUAUGCAUGUAAAGAAUGCGGAGAGGAUUUCAGCUGGGGUUCACACCUGGCCAAACAUCAGAGACUUCACACUGUGCAUGAUGGCUAUGUCUGCGGUAAUUUUGAGAAAGCCUUUGCUUGGAACAUGCAGCUUAGUGAUCAUCAGAGAACUCAUGCUGACUAGAGAGCCUGAGAAUGAAACAAACUGGUGAUUCUUCUGCUGGGUUCUGUUCAGCCUUCAUCAGCAGUAGAAGCUUCUUCCCAGAGAGGAGCCAUAACACUAUAUAUUGAGAUAGUUGGUUCCUUUUUUGCCUCCUAGAAGGAGGAUGGCACUGUUUAUCACCAGCAGAGACAGCUUCUGAUCAUUUAAAGGGCUCCCCCCUAAAAUCUAAGCUUCCCCCCCAUUUCUUAACCCUACAACGUCCCUGGAUGGUGGUAGGUAUGGGGUGGUUUACAUAGGAUGCAACUUCAUCUGGGAUCUUUAAUAAGGUCUCUCUGAGCUUUUAAAAUUUAUUCAUUAUGUGUUAAAUUGGAGCCUGGAAAUUCAAGAAGAAACAAACACAGCUGGAAAGAUUCAUUUGUUAGAGUAAAAGUCAC